CAUCUCGGUUCUCUCUUGUCAAAACUUUCAAGGUUACAAGGCAAAGUGGCAGUCAUAACCGGUGGCGCUAGCGGCAUUGGAGCUAGCACAGCUCGACUUUUCCAUGAAAAUGGUGCCAAGGUUGUAAUUGCCGAUAUCCAAGAUAGCCUAGGACAAGCCCUUGCCGACGAGCUUGGUGAAAAUGCUUCCUACAUCCACUGUGACGUUUCAAAUGAAGAUGAUAUUAGCUACCUCGUUGACACCGCCAUCGUCAAACAUGGAAAGCUCGAUAUAAUGUACAACAAUGCAGGCGUUUUGGAUCGUCCGUUCAGCAGCAUCUUGGAAACUACAAAAUGGGACUUGGAUUUCGUUGUUGGUGUAAACUUAGCGGGAGCUUUUCUAGGAGCCAAACAUGCUGCCAGAGUCAUGAUCCCUCAGCGAAAAGGUUGCAUACUUUUCACUGCUAGCGCUACAACAGCAAUUGCAGGGAUGGCAAGCUAUGCUUAUACAGCAUCAAAAUAUGGAAUAGUGGGUCUAGCUAAGAACUUGGCAGCUGAGCUAGGCCAAUACGGUAUAAGGGUAAAUUGUGUGUCGCCUUUUAUUGUUGCGACUCCCAUGUCUGCACCUACCGAAGGUGACAUUCCAAAAGUAGAAGCAAUUUCCAGUGCAACGGGAAAUCUCAAAGGGGAAUUGUUGAAGGCAGAGGGAGUGGCACAAGCUGUGCUUUUUUUGGCUAGCGAUGAUGCAAAUUAUGCGAGCGGGCUCAACGUAGUGCUCGAUGGAGGGUUCAGCAUCGUUAAUCCUACCAUGAUGAAGGCUUUUAACCUUGUUCCAUAAAAUGA